AUGAAGAAAAAGUCCACAAGCACGCUUGCCAAUCUGGCGCCGCAUCGUCGCGGUAAAGGCAACCAGAAGGAAGAGAAAAAAGACACUCAAGCUCCCAUUCCCCCUCCGUUGCCUGCGAAUCGAAGCGGUCCUGGUCACCCCUUCAGUAACCCUGCUCCAGGCGGCAGCACCGAUCAGACUGUCGACCGCUUGGCCAACGACUUGCUUGAGAGCACGAUUUACCACCACCCCAACGGUUUGCGCAGUCACCCAUCCGUUCUCCUCUGUGGCACUGAGCCGAUGGCUAUGGCACCGAUGAUAUCUCCCAAUGUGCCGGCCACGGCCGCUUCUGCCUACAGAUUUGUCAAUCUUCCAUCGGAGGAGAUCGCCGCGCAUUUCAAGUAUGAUGCUCAGGCUGCGGAAACUAACCAGGUUGCUCCGGUUAUCCCUGAGAGGUCCUCACGACGUCCACGAGGUGAACGAGAGAGGAACAUCGAUGCCUUCGGUGACCCGGAGAAUCGUCCUGUGGUUCUUACGUUCCCGCACUCCGAGACCACGAUGCUCAACCCUGGCAAUCGACACCCUCUAUUCCUGCCUGCGUCAACUACUACGCCACUUGGCAAAAAGGAUGUGGGCGCAAAGAAUGACACCGAAUUCUACUUGAUCAACCCCAACUUGGUCAGCGACAAGGUCGCGGCAAUGUUGGCUGCCACCGAGGCCUUGAAGCCCCCUGGUUCGGGUAACAAUACGCUUUCUUCAUCGAAGACUUCCGGUUUUCGUCGCAAGAAAGUUAUCUCAAAAGUUCGCCACGCGCUGGACAUCUUCCAGCCUAAGCCAUCAACCCCGGAGUCAAGGAUCAGAGGCAAGAUCUCAGCGCCUGUCGGUUUGACUACAUGCGAACUGCCUAAUCCUGCUGCGCACUAUCACCUCGAGGAGGUCGAAGAGGCAUCUCCAGUCAGCUCCAUUGAGCUUCGCUUCAACGAAGGGAACAACCUGCACAAUCACAAGGUUCAGAGCAUCGUUGGAGGUCGUAUCAUUCGCAAGACCGCUCCUGAUGACGGAAGAUCGCUUCGCAGCGGCGGUUCACCAGACGAUCCCUCCUCGGGACAGGUUGGAGUCAACCGUACGCCCACUCCUUUUGAGUAUCACCUCAAGAGUAGUAUCGACUCGACCGGUGUCCCGCCGGUUCCGUCUCUUAAUCCGUUCGAUGCUGAGAAGGAUUUCGAUACUGACCUCGAAGGAAUCUUGUCCGAGAAGCCCGUAUGUGCCUCAACCCCGCGUCGACCCGAUCGAAAGGCCGUUCCCCUCGAUAGCCCCUCCAAGAGGUAUGCGAAGGCCGAUGACCGUUACCUUGCGUUCAUGAACGACAAUGAGGGAGGUCCCAGUGCUCCUGGUCCUACUCCGAAAAAGUUGAAGUUGUCGGGCAGUUUGAGACUGUUCCAUGAUCAGCCUGACCUCAGCACCAAGAAGCACCCGUCGCCUAACAAGGAGGAUCUCGAUGACCUUGAGACUCGUUUCCGCGAGUAUGCCAUUCAGCAAAUCGAGUUGUCCCCUAUCGAGGAGCAGCCGGCCCUCAGAAUCAAGUUUGCUGGCCUCAUCGGACCGGCUGCACUGGGCCCGAAAGAUAAGAACACCACACUGAUGUCGGGCGAGGCCAAGCAGCGUGCCACCAAGCCUAGUGUUGUCGGCGAGGCCAGCACCGUCUCACUGCGCCAGUACACCCGCGAAGAAUUCACUCAGAUCACAACUUCCAGAAUCCCUCGUCCUGCUCCUCGAUACACUUCGUACAAUCGACCUUCAAACUCUGAUGCGCUGGAUAUUGACGAGUUGCAGUAG